AUGCUGGCUCUAACAAGUGCCACUGGAAAGUUGGGCGGCGCAGUCCUCAACGCUAUUCUCGAGCAUAAACUCAUUGACCCAAAGGAGCUUGUCGUCUGUACUUCUACUUCGCCCUCCUCCCACCGCCUCUCGCACCUCCACGCCCACUCCCUCACAAUCCGACACGCAGACUUCUCCGACCCAGCCUCACUCGGCACCGCAUACGCCGGCUGCACACGCCUCUUCCUCGUCUCCACACCCGCAAUCGCCAUGGACUACGACUCCGCACCGCUCUGGACCGGCCGCGAAGCGCACCACCGGGCCGCCAUCGACGCCGCCGUCGCCGCGGGCGUCACGCACAUUUACUACACGUCUCUCGCGUUUGCGCGGCCGUCAUGCGCGGCCGUCAUGCGCGCACAUGUCCGCACCGAGGCGUAUCUCGAAGACCUGCAGCAGCGCGGGGUUGUGGGUACGACGGUGAUGCGCGAGGGGCUGUACAGCGAGAGUUGGCCGCUGUAUCUUGGGUAUUACUUUGGGCUUGGCGCGGAGAAGAGGACCGAGGUGGUGGUGGCUGGGGACGGCGAGGUCAGUUGGACGGCGAUUGCGGAUUUGGGGUUUGCGACGGCAAAGGUGCUGGCGGGGGAGCCGCAGAGGUGGGUGGGCAAGACGUUUUAUUUGUGUCAGAGGGUGAGGAGGUCGUUGGGGGAUGUGGCAAGGGUGGUGGGAGAGGUUAGGGGCGAGGAGGUGGGGUUGAAGGUUGUGGCGAGGAGAGAGUUUGAGUUGUAUUAUGUGCGGGAGAUGGGCAUGGAGAGGGCGGCCGUCGAGUGGUGGAGUAGCACGUAUGAAGCGCUGGAGCGGGGGGAGUGUGCGGUUGAGGAUGGGACGCUUGAGGGGUUGUUGAGCGAGGCCGGGAGGACGCCGGUACCGGUUGAGGUUACGAUUCGAGAGAUGAUGAAGUGA